ACCGUCACAGCGAUAAAACUGUCCAGUCGUCAGGUGACCCAAUCAUGAUGCUGAUGACAUCAGUAAUCGGUCCCAGUAGGUGUCGACUCGCUCUGCCACUUGCAUCUCGGCACGAGAUUUUCAGAGCUCUCAUGACCAAGUUGGAAUCUGCGACGCACGCACUGAAGUCUUCUUCCCACCCAACGGAAAACUUUCAGGAUCUGUUCUCGUGCAUAGUAUCGUGACCAUUCGGAAGUAUUAUGGGGCUCUUUUCUUGCGUGAGCCGGCCCGCCUUCGUAGGUCGUGACGGGUCAAGUGCGCUGGAUAUAAAUUCCGCCCGGACUAUGGACAGUGGAUAAUGUAUCUCCGUCUUCCUCUCGUCGCUCUUCUCCUGGCACCAGUUGCUCGCGCGCUGACCUAUCACGGUGCUGACAUCUCGUCACUCAUCAAUCUUGAGAAGAGCGGGACGACUUACCACGACUCUGCUACAUCUUCGACCAAGCUAGAGACCAUCCUCGCUGCUCAUGGCGCCAAUCUUGCGCGUAUACGCAUCUGGACGAGCACCAACGACGCGGACUACAGUCUCAACUACGGUUUGGCGUUGGCGAAGAGAGCGGUCGCAGCUAAGAUGACGCUGCUGAUUGAUCUGCACUACAGUGAUACAUGGGCCGACGAGGGACAUCAAGCGAUCCCUUCUAGCUGGCCGACCACGCUUUCUGGACUGAACACCCAGAUAUACACCUACACGAAGAGCGUUGUAGCCGCCUUCUCCGCCCAGGGGACCCCUAUCCAAUACCUGCAGAUAGGAAACGAGAUCAACGAUGGCCUGCUCUGGCCUGUCGGACGGAUCUCGGUGAAUGGAUAUUCUCCGGCAUCUCAGCUGCUACAUUCGGCUGCUAACGGGGCCCAUGACGCCCUUUCGUCCGUCAAGGCCGUCGUCCACAUUGCCAACGGGUGGGAUGCCUCUGGCGUCAGCUCCUUCUUCAACAACAUCUUCAUCGCAGGCCAGCUCUCGCUCAGCGAUGUCAACGCCUUUGGAUUCUCUUUCUACCCGUUCUAUGGUACUGGUGCCACGCUUGCUCAUCUCCAGUCUUCGCUAUCGGCAGUAGUCUCAAAGUUCGGCAAAGAUGUGAUGGUUGUUGAGACGAACUGGCCCGUGACGUGCUCUGGUGUCUCGCUCAGCGAGCCGUCGGUCGCGAUCUCCACCUCUGGUCAAGAAACAUGGGUAAAGGAUAUCCGCAACGUCUUGUCUGGUCUCUCCGGCGGUCACGGCAUCGGCAUCGUCUACUGGGAGCCUGGCUGGAUUGGCAACGCUGGUAAGCGAUUCAUCCGCAGAACAUCGGAACCCUUCUCAUCCCUCGUGUCUAAGCUCUUGGGUCCUCUUGUGCGGUACGACAAUCUACUGGUCGACGGAUCCGGCAACACGCGAACGUCCAUCGCCAUGUUCUCUGCCGAUAUGUAGUAGAGUCCAAGCACACAUAUACCCACCCAAAAAUGAAAACAUGUAUUGUAAUCACAACCGACGGGCAAUGUUAACCAGGGCUCGUUUGAGAAGCCUCGAAUGCCGAUGAAUGCCGAUGCGCAGUUGAUUGUUGCUCGUCCGAUUCUGUCGCUUGUUCGCUUGAGCCAUGCGCCCCAUUAAGGAUUGCAAGCAGUCCUGGGCACUGGGCAGUCAAGCACAGAUGUCUUGGGACCGGUCAUCCGAAUCCGACGGGGUUCGCAGAGAAGUCAUGGAAUUGAUGCGAGGAUAUGAAUUAGCCUAGCAAUUACGUUCUUUCUGUUAUAAUGGAUCCCCAUUUCGUUCGGAUUGAAGCAUGUUACAUUCCGGUGCAUUCUUGUCGGCGAACAGGCAUACAUAUGUGUCAAAGGAUGUGUGUCACCCGUGGCUGUGUGAUAAGAUCAUCAGGCUCCCAAUGCCGAUGCCAGGAAGCUCGCGCGUUUCAGCCCUGUGAGUCAAGUGUUCGACAAUUUUGGCUCUUGGGUAAAUGAAAACGCGUUUAUCCUAUAAUUCGGACCCGGAAAUAUCAACCACGAAUAAUAACCGUGACUGUCCAGAGUAUCACACGUGACCGCGUGCACGAUCGUUCACUCUUGGCCUCCAUCAACCACCACAUCCCUACCUCAUCCUACCAUCCAUGCCCAUGCCUAUCACACGCUCCCCGAACUCGUCGUCCUCGUCUGCCGAUAUCAUUUUUGUUGACAGUGGCAGGAAGCGCUCUCCCAAAAAGAAAUCUCCGCCAUCCAAGGACACGCCAGGGCCGCAUCACGACAUCAUCGAAAUCUCGUCGGAUGAAGACGAAGAACCUGUUGCACCGCGAUCCCGGAAGGCGGCAGCCACAUCAGAGAGCGCAAGGUUGCGGAAAAGAGUGCACGAGCUUGAACGGGAGAACGCUCGAAUCAGAAGAGAGAAUGAGCAAGUUAAGAAAGACCAAGAGACAGCCCUCAAGAAGGCCAAUGUCUGCAAACUACCGCAGAGCUGGAAGAGCAAGUGACAUGCGAAGUCUGCGCCUCGAAAAUGUGGUCGCCGUUCAUCCUCCCCGAUUGCGGCCACACUUUCUGUCAGCGGGAUCUGGAGGCCUGGUUUGCCACCGCCCUGAAUCAUCACCUACAAAAGUACCCGCACUACCAGAUGCAGAUGGGCUACCCGUAUGGGAUGCGCGGUGGUGCAUACCAACAACCGUCUCCGCAGUACGUGUGCCCCAAAUGCCGCACAGCAGUGCGAUCGCGCCCCAUCCAGAACUUUGCAAUGAAGAACAUUGUUCGCACCGUUGCGAGUCAAAUCGGCGAGAGCAGUCCAAAGCGCCCGACGGGCAGCGCUACCGACCAUGUUUGGGAUAGAUUUUUCCCACCACGAGCAUGAGAACGAGCACACAGUGCGCAGGUCACAGUGCAGUACAUAGUUUAAUACGGCUUGAACCUCCUCGAUGCUUUGAGUUUCUCGACCUUC